ACUUUUCUUUUCUUCCUUGAGACACCAAACGGCCGAAUGGGAAUGGAAUAAAUGAGCGAAUGACUUUUGGGCUCUUUAAUAUGCUUUUAAAAAGCAUUUCAAGGUGUGAUAUGAUAUGCCAAACAAAAGACGAUGUUAAAUGUGUUAGCAGCUUUUCAAGUGGAAGUACUGUAGAUUCCUUGUCUCUUCAUUGCAUUUGCAUGGUGUUUUCUUCCUACUGAAGUAAGCUAGUUGCCUCUCAUUAGUAAAGCUACUUCAUUUGACUGUGUAAUUCUCAGAAGAAGGAUCAGUGGAUAUGAUGAUGGAAGGUGAAGGUAGUAGUAGCAGCAAGAAGAGAGGAGUUCAAAAUCAUGACGAUGGCUUCAUUAAUACUCUCUUUUCCUGGUCUCUUGAUGACAUUCGUAACAAAAAUCUUUUCAGUCAUAAGGUGGAAAAAAUUCCGGAAUCAUUUGAAUCUGUCACUCAGUAUUUGGGGUCAUUUGUUUAUCCUUUGUUGGAAGAAACACGAGCAGAACUGUCUUCACCUAUGGAGAUCAUUUCAAGAGCACCUUAUGCUAAGGUGGAUGUUUUUAGGCCUCUUGGAUCUGAGUUAUUUGAUGUUAAGAUUGAUUACUGGAGGAACAGGUUCAGUAACAAUGGUAAAGAGCCUUAUAAAACUUUGCGG